AUGGGCGAUUUUAAUGAAGUUAGCAAUGAAUCUGAGAGACUUAACUCCGAGUUCAUCGCCUCUAACGCGGAGUCUUUUAACCAAUUUAUCCUAUCUGCGGGCCUUAUUGAGUAUAAUAUGGGGGGCGGAAACUUCACGUAUAUUUCGGACCGUGGGGAUAAAUUAAGUAAGCUCGAUAGAUUUCUUGUUUGUUUGGGUUUUAUGGAGAACUGGCCAACGGCUUCGGUUACGGCACUCAGUCGGGAUGUAUCGGAUCAUAGACCUAUCCUGUUAUCCACUACCCUUACGGAUUAUGGUCAUAUUCCUUUUAGAUGCUUUAACUCCUGGUUGGAUAUACCGGGUUUAUCUGGUCUAGUGCAGCAGGUGUGUCACAAUUUUGUUUUUAAUGGGCCAACAGAUAUGGCGCUCACAGUUAAGCUGAGGUGGAUUAAGAAUAAUAUCAAGGCUUGGCUUAAAGUUGAAAAGGAUAGAUCGGGUGGAGAGUAUUUAUCAAAGAAAAAUCGUAUACAUAGCUUGGAGAGUUUGGCAAAAAUGAGAAACUUGGAGAUUGAGGAAUUAAACGAAAGAGCGGAGUGCAUUAAUUUUAUCAUGGAGGCAGAUUGCAGGAAACUACUAGAUGCCAAACAAAAAUCCCGAUCCAGGUGGGCUUUUGAAGGGGACGAAAAUACUGCGUUCUAUCAUAAUGUCAUUAAUUCUAAUUUAUGUAAUAACCGUAUUAAUGGCAUUAUGGUCAAUGGUGUUUGGAGUGCGGAUCCGGUGGCUGUCAAAGAAGCUUUUUAUCAGUUCUUUGCGAAUCAGUUCGUGGAACCAAUGGUGUCGAGGCCGCCUAUUACGUGUCAGCAUAUGGCAUCGUUAUCUACGGCUGAAGCGACAACCCUUGUUGAGCCGUUCUCUAUGUCGGAAAUAAAAGAAGCUAUAUGGAGAUUUGCUAUGGUUCGGGCCUCAUGA